ACCUCCUCCACCACCAGUGCCUGGAUGGGGUUCUUCCUGGCCUGGGACAGAGGGCUGCAGGAGUGCUGCUUUGCAGAGCAGAAGACUGUGUGUGGCGAGGACCUGCCCCCUCUCAAUUUAUUGGACCGCUGUUUGAAAGAGACUCUGCGGCUCAGACCCCCGAUUGUGACCAUGAUAAGAAUGGCGAGUUUCCCCCAGAUAGCUGUUGGCUACACCAUCCCUGCAGGAUACCAGGUGUGGGUUUCUCCCACUGUCAACCACCAUCUGCAGGACACCUGGACAGAGAGUUUCACUCUGACCGCUACCUGCAGGAGAACCCUGCCACUGGCAGGGAAUUCGCCUAUGUGCCAUUUGGCGCUGGUCAACAAAAAGACCUCUGCCAGAUGGAUGGCCUCCAACCACCUCAAGCUUAACCUGGACAAGACCGAUCUGUUGUUCAUGCCAGCCAAGCCCUCUCCUCUUCAAUAGCUCUCAGUUACUGUCGAUGGCAACACAGUAACUCCUGUCGAUUCCUCCUCUUCAACAUCAGGAGGAUUCACCCUUUUUUAACCACCUACACCACCCAGCUGCUUGUCCAGGCCACCAUGCUCUCCUGCUUGGAUUACUGCAACGCCCUCCUUACAGGCCUCCCAGCCAGCACCAUUCAGCCACUGCAGCUCAUCCAAAAUGCAGCAGCUAGGCUGAGAUCCCUACACUGGCUCCCGAUCGCAGCCAGGAUCCGCUUCAAAACCUUGACUCUCACCUUUUCUGCUGCAACAAAGACUGCCCCGACCUACCUCCAGGACCUGAUCCUAUCCUACCCUACCCCCCGAGAACAACUCCUUCACUCCAACCCUUCAGAUGUGGGCUGAAGACACACCUCAUCAGA